AUGGCCAUCUCCAAACUACCCGCAAUCCUUAACAGUUCUUUUCGCCCCCCAGCAGGCACCUCGUGGACCGCCGGAGACGACGUGAGCGAAUUCUACCGCAGCUGGGGCUUCACCACCUACCGCACCGCCUAUGGCCCGGCCACCGACGCGCAGUGGCGUACCCUCCUCGACAAGAUCCGGGCCCAGGUCGUUUCCGAGAUAGACUGCUACGUCGAGGCCGGAGAGGAGGACGUCGCCGCACAGCUCAAGUCCCUCUUCGUCCUCGACGCCCGCUCCGACGCCGCCCUGCUCGCGGACAAGACCAUGGACGAGGUGCGCGAGAUUUACAAGCAGGCGGCGGUGGCCAGUCGCAGCUCCGGCGACGACGAUGACAACGAUAACAGCCAGUCGCUGCCCCUCAUGCGCGACAACCCCAACCAGCGCGCGUUCCUCCUUGCUGACGCCGAGGUGCUAGAGCGCGUCGACCGGGACCCCUACUUCUGGGUCAAGUGCGUCGAAGCUGAUUUCACCGAGGGAGAUUUGGCCGAGGCGGACAGCGCCCCGGCAGCCCGGGGGAGGUGUAGAGCAGCAGUCUGGUCGUGGUCUGGCUGGAUGAAGAUGACGACCCGCAGCGUGGUCGAUUUAUGUGCCGAGAUUCCGGUGCGCGAUCUGACUAGCAUCGCGCCUGGUGCGUGGGGCGCGGACGAGAUGCCUGUGUACAACGGCGAGCUGGCCGGGUCGUCGCUGACGAGCAAGAUGUCGAGCGGCAAAUGA